AUGACAUCCGCACUCACGUGCGCGACAGCAUCGCGCCCCGUGACCCGCGCCGGUCCGCGGCCUCGAUCCACCCGGGCUGACGCGCGCCACCCUCGGGUCGUCAACGCGCGAGCCCGAUCGACGUCGGCACCCGGCGACGCCAUCGGCCGAGACGUCGUACCCGAGCCCGCCUCGUCCGAGACGAUCGAGGGAAUCGUCGUGGACGACGACCGCGACGGAUCCCCCGUUCGUAUCUCCGGGAACGUCCGAGCGUCGCGCCGCGGCGUGCUCGGCGGCUUGGGCGGCGUGGGAGCCGCGCUGGGUCUCACCUCGUCCACGUCGGCGAUCGUGGGUCCCGGCGCGGCCGAGGCUGCCGCCGCGCCCGCGUCGUCCCCCGCGCCCAUCGCGGAGAUCGCCGCCGCGUCCUCGCGCGCGACGUCCGCAUCGCCCGCGUCGUCCAUCGUCGGAUACGCCAACCUGCACGACCCGCGCGUGUUCAACGGCCUCGCCACCCCAGACCGAACCAAUCGAUCCCUCGACGGUCUCAUCCCCGCGGGCGAAGCCCCGCCCGACGUGGAGGUGGCGAGAGCCGCGGCGGCGCUCGAGGCGUGCGACACCCCGAUGCAAAAGUACCGCCAGCUGGUGUCCUUACAAAACACGGACGAGACCACGUUCUACGCCCUGUUGGAGCUCAAGACGGCGGAGUUGCUGCCGGUGCUGUACACGCCGACGGUGGGCGACGCGUGCCUGCAGUUCGGCACGCUGACGCAGAGACCGCCGGGCCUUUACGUCUCCCUCGAAAACAUCGGCAACGUCCGCGCCCUGGUGGACAACUGGCCCGCGAACGACGUCAGGAUCGCGGUCCUCACCGACGGCGAGCGCAUCCUCGGCCUCGGGGACCAAGGCGUCAACGGCAUGGGCAUCAGCGCCGGGAAGAGCAUGGUGUACGCGGCGUGCGGCAUCAAACCCGGGUGGCUGCUGCCCGUGCAGGUGGACAACGGGACAAACAACACGAAACUGCUGGCGGACCCUCUGUACGUGGGCACGCGACGUGAACGCGUGCGCGGAGAGGCGUACGACAGGUUGCUGGACGAGACUGUUCAGGCGAUCCAGGGGAGGUACGGCGCGAGGACGGUGAUCCACUGGGAGGACUUUGCGCCGAGAAACGCGUUCCGAAACCUGCAGCGAUUCCGAACUAAGGGCGCCAUCACGUACAACGACGACAUACAGGGCACCGCCGCGGUGACCGUGGCGGGGAUACUCGCCAGCCUGAGGGUGACGAAGCGCGCGCUGCGCGAGCAGAGGGUGCUGUUCUUCGGCGCCGGUCAGGCUAACAUCGGAGCCGCCGAGCUGCUGGUCCGGGCGCUGACGGAGGAGGGCGUCGACGAGUCGCUCGCGAGGUCCAACGUGUUCCUCUUCGACAGCAAAGGUUUAGUGGUGGACGGGCGACCGGCGGAGUAUACGAUAUCGGACGAUAAGGCCCCGUUCGCGGCUAAGGUUGGGACACCGUUCACGUCCAGCCUGGAGGAGGCGGUCAAAUCGGUGAGGCCCACCGCGCUCGUGGGCGCCGCCGCGCAGCCGCAGGUUUUCACCAAGAGGGUGAUUGAGUCGAUGUGCGCGUUCAACCCCCGGCCGGUGAUCUUCGCGCUGUCCAACCCGACGUCAAAGGCGGAGUGCACGGCGACGCAGGCGUACGAGUGGUCCAAGGGCAAGGCGGUGUUCGCGAGCGGAACGCUCUUCGCGCCGGUGAACUACAAGGGCGUUCGAUUCGCGCCCGGGUUUGCCAACAACGCGUUCAUCUUCCCGGGCGUCGCCCUGGGUUCGCUGGCUUCCGGGGCGUCGUCGGUGACGGACGCCAUGUUCCUCGCGGCGGCCAGGUCGCUGGCGUCGCAGGUUAGCGAGGAGAACCUGGCGGUCGGCGCGGUGUAUCCCCCGACGUCGACCAUUCGGGAAGCCGCGGUGGUCGUGGGCGCCGCCGUCGCCGCCGCGGCGGACGAGGGGGGCGUGGCGGCUCCCGGCGCGUGCAGGGGAGGGGCGAUACCCGGGCGCGACGGUGGGCGUUCGGUGGUGGUACCUUCGCUGGACGCGCUGACCGGUGGUGGGAACCCGGGCGACGGAACGUGCGCCAACUGGGAGGCUUGCGUUCGCGACUAUCUGAAGACGUGCGUGUGA